AUGCUCCAGGCUAUCGGCGACGCCUACACAAUAAACAUCCGUUCGUCGCUGCGACUACACCCGAAGUUCUACGUCGGACGACCGAAGAAGUACCGUCCGGCUACGCUCUACAAGUUGGUUCCAUCCCUGGAGGCGAAGGCUCAAGCGUGGACCUUCCCUCCCGUCUUGCUCGACGAGCCGAUGACAUCAGAAGCGGCUGCUAUGCAGUCUGCGCGUUUCCAAGAACGUGGCGUUCUAUUUCCUAAUCCGUUCUAG